AUGUCCACCGCAGCGGACCGGCAGGCGUUUCUACGCCUCAUGGGGCUGACUGACGCCGAUAUCGCUGACCCUGACCAACAGCCCGGCGCCAUGCCCCACUCGCAGACCUCCUCCAGCAACUACGUGACUGGAAAGGCGCAACGUGGGGCCACGUACAACUCACCGACAGUGUCGUCUGUCACCGGCCUCUCCCACUCCGCAUCUCUUGGUGGUUAUUCAACUCGGCCCUCGCUCAUGACCACAGCGAACACCCUGCGCAAUACCUCCCUGAUCAGCGCUAGCGGGCCGCCAUCGUCUUCUCGGACUCUCUUCUCCACACCGCGUAGCGUGCAUUGGGAGGAAGAGCACACCGCCACCACCUCACCCGCGUCGCAGCCGCCGCAACAAGUCGGUACGUCAGGCUGCACCGCGGGUAUUGCCAUCAGCGAGGAGCUGAAGGAGAAUGGGAACUGCGCCUUUGAGGCGGGUGCCUUUUGCGAGGCUGUUCAGCACUACACAUCCGCCAUCAAUGCCCUGGCUGCCAGCCCCACACACAGCGACGCGGAGGUGAUGCUACUCGCCGCGUUGUACAGCAACCGCUCCGCUGCUUACUUGCAAGCGGCGCACGAGUUGCCCAGUGCCGAGGAUGCUUACGCGCGCGCCUUGUGCGAUGCAGACCGAACCGUGGCGCUGCGCUUGUCAUGGUUUAAGGGGUAUGCGCGGCAGGGAGACACGUACUUCAAGCUGAAACAAUACGGCGCCGCGGCGGAGGCGUACGAGAUGGCGCUGCAGCUGGACCCACCUAACCACAUCCUGAUGAAUGCACUGGCAGAGUCACGCCAGCGCGCAAAGCAGGUGGCGAGGGAGGAGUUAGAGCUGCGCCGCAUAAUGCUCUCGACCACAAGCACGACGCCGUCGCUCGUGCCGACCAUGACCGGCCAAAGCGGUGAGAGCACGCAGUGUGAGGGCGAUCCCCGCCGCGAUGCGGCAGCGUCACAGAGGGUGCAAACCCCACACGACGUGUACGAUGGCGGUCGUCGUCGCAGUGGCCAAGCGCAGCAGCUGUGGGCUGAGCUGAAACGUGAGGUCGAGGCGACGGCGCACGAGGUCACCGGAGACGCCUACAGGCUGCAGCAGCUCGAGCGGUUCCGGGUACGGAACAGCAAAGAAGCGACACCAACGGCAUGUCAGACUGCCGAGAGGAAUAUGUAUGCGAAGCAUGCGGCUGUCUCGUCUACUGGAGCACUGGGCUCUGCGCCGAUGCAGGGGAAUAGUGUUGCAGGGCGUCGGGUUGGUGCAGGGUCAAGACUGGAUGCCAACACGGGUACUGCUGCCGCCGCGGCGGAGCGCUGCCAUGUGGCGUCUGCUUCGCCCUUCUCCGCCAUGGUGCUGUCGUCUGAGCCUCAGCUGCCGCCGCGACGCCGCUUCUCUGACUCGCCUACUGCUGGCGGCAUUGCGGCAGCCAUGACCACUUUCAAUGGACCGGUGCAGAGUGCUCGCGACGUGCCAUACGAGUUUUCCAGCGCGGCCGCCUCUGCGUAUCAGCAGCACCUCCUCGAGGUGUUUCGUCAGCGCAAAGCAGCGUCAAAAUGA